AUGAAGUACAAUUCCCGAGUCACCUCUUCCCGGAGAAAGAACCGGAAGGCUCACUUCACGGCGCCUUCGAGUGUCCGCCGUGUAUUGAUGAGCGCCCCCCUCUCAUCCGACCUCCGUACCAAGUACAACGUUCGAUCCAUGCCGGUGCGCAAGGAUGACGAGGUGCAAGUCGUCAGAGGAACUUACAAGGGCCGUGAUGGUAAGGUGGUGCAAGUGUACCGUAAAAAAUGGGUCAUCCAUGUUGAGCGGAUCACCAGGGAGAAGGUUAAUGGAUCUACUGUCAAUGUCGGCAUUCAUCCUUCGAAGGUUGUUAUCACCAAGCUCCGCCUUGACAAGGACCGCAAGUCACUCCUCGACCGCAAGGCUAAGGGACGCGCCGCCGCGGAUAAGGACAAAGGCACCAAAUUCACCGCCGAGGACAUCAUGCAGACCGUGGAUUAG